AAACUGGAGAUAGGAGAAAGAAAAAGGAAGGGAAAAUGAACAACAUGAGCAAGAGAAGGGUCAGCACGUUAAGGGAAUUCCUUAUGGUUACACUAAGUCAUGCAGAGAGAAGGCCAAACGCAAAUAAACAGUUGGUGAGAGACCGGCUUAGGCAACUAUUCGACUGCAGGGCCAUUCUAGUUGCAAAAGAGAACCAUAGUGAAGGUGGGUAUAACCUUCAUGCGGGUGUACGCAACAGAACUGCAUCCAAAUCCAAGAAUACUGCAACUAAGAAAAUGAGAGAGGUGUUCCAAGAAUGGGAAGGAGGAGCAAUCGAUGUGAGAUUUCAUAGGGGUUGGGCUUCCAUCUGUAGAUAUAUUCUUAAAGAGGAUAAGGAACCUCUUGUAUGGGGGGAGUAUACGAGGCAGCAAAUCAUUGAGAUUGCCGGGGCGAGUCCAAAGCUCAAAAGGUCUAGGUCUCAGACGAGUCUCCCAGAGCAAAUCAUAGACAAGCUCCUAAGAUGUCAGGAUUGGUACGAAAUAUAG